AUGAGUGAAAGACGUCGUGGAGUGCUUCAGACUCAGCUGUCGUCUGCUGAGAAGCAGCCUCGGCCAGUGUUGACAUCCUUGAAUGGGGACAACAGUUGGCUGAUGUCCUUCCCAAGGCCCGAGGCCGAGCGGGCGGCAGCAGGGAAGGUCUUUUACCACGUCGUGUUCGAACCAUGGCUCGAAGGGCCAACUAGUAUGCUUGGAUGGUGGAUGAUCAACAUCACACUAAGCUCCAGCCCCGGAAUCCUUGAUGUUGAAGCUGUUAAGGGUGUCGUUCGAGAGAUCGAAGAUGCGGCUGCCAUCCAUCUCCCUCAAUCAGGCGAUGCAUCGGCAAAGGCAUCGACAGAGGAGUCAGAUAGCGGUGGAAUAGAUGCCAUUUUACUCUCAUUUUACCUCCUGGACCAUGUUCACGAAGCGACGCUUAGAACAUUCUCCAAAGACAUCCCUGUUAUAGCCACACCUGAAGCCGCCAAUAUUGUCAGACCUUGGGGCCACUUCGAGACGAUCAAGGUUAUUCAAGACCUGCAACCGCUGGUUCAGUCAUGGCGCACCCCAGAGCUUCACCCUGGUAAGCCUCUGCCUGUGUGGCUAACACCAAUCCGUCUUCCGGGCUUCGCGGUCCUCAAUUUUUCUCUUGCUAUCGUAUGGACACAUACCACCAACGAUGAGGGUGAGGUUCACGAAGUUAUUUUGACCUCACCGCAUGGAACUCGCUUCGAAGGAUCUCUGGAAGCCUUCCGCAAUGCGGAGCCCAAGACAAAGAUGCUAGCCAUGCUCCAUGGGCUCAAAGAAAGCUACACAUUUGGGCGUCAGACUACACUCGGGGCCAAGGGAGGACUCGAACUCUACCGAAAGAUUGGAGGAGUCAAGUAUUGGAUUCUGAGUCAUCAUUCCAAGUUGCUUUAUGGUGGCAUUUUCAUGUAUCUCUCUUGGACUCAAGAUACCCACAGAACUGUGAGCUGGAUGCUGGAGGAAGAGCAGAAGGUCGACCCCGAUUCCGCUAAGAAAGAAAGACCCAAUAUCGUGGAAGUCGACAAUGGGGGAUCGUUUGUAUUGGUGGACUGA